AUGCAUCUCAUCCUCACAGGGGCCACCGGCCUAGUUGGCUCCGCAGUCCUCGACGCCAUGCUCAAAAGCACAUCGGUCUCCAAGAUAUCUAUCCUAAGUCGAAGCCCCGUGCGCAUGGCAGAAGAUGCAAAAGAUUCACGGGUCCACGUUAUCACCCACAAAGACUUUGAGUCAUACAAACCAGAGCUGCUCGACCAAUUGAAAGAUGCGGAUGGAUGUGUUUGGGCUCUCGGAACAAGCCAGACCAAUGUCACAAAGGAUAGACAAUACAUCACGAUAACCAAGGACUAUACCUUGGCAGCUGCCAAUGCGUUUUCCACUAUCAAGCCAUCAGACCAUCCAUUCCGAUUCAUCCAUGUAUCUGGCGAGGGGGCCACUCAAAAUCCUGGAAUAUUCUCGCCGAUCUUUGCGAGGGUCAAGGGGGAGACUGAAAUGCUUCUCGGUACGCUGUCAGAGCAAACUCCAUCCCUUCGGGUCGAUAGUGUGAGACCGGCCUUUGUGGAUUCGGUAACACAUGAUGCUAUCAAACCAUACAUCCCAUCAAAUGGGGUGACUGGGAUUGUCUCAAAGGUUGGAAUGGCUGUGCUUGGCCCGGGAAUACGGUAUCUCAUGAAAUCAAUGCAUUCACCAACAGAGCAUCUCGGGUCCUUCUUGACGGAUAUGGCAAUGGGUCGAUUCGAGGGAAAGUUGGAGGGCCCAGGGGCAUUUAGAAUGGGAGGAAGUUAUGUCGUUGGUAAUUCUGGUAUGCGAAGAAUCUUGGGAAUAUGA